GGGCGGCGGUGCCCAAUGAGGAGCGGCGUUGCUGGCAGGUGGGGAGUGUUUUUGUUUUGGGUUGAAGUUGAGGUUGAGGAGAGGCGAGCUAGCGACGAGCCAGUCGUCGCGGCCGCGGGUGCCGCGGGACUCGGUGGAGGCCCAGCUGGAGCCGAGAGGUGUCUCUUCCUCGACCGACGGCCCGGGCCCGGCCCCUCGCUGGCCUCCUCCUCCUCGACCCGGAACUCCCGGGCCUGCCCUAGGCCCCCUGUCUUUUGCACGCCGCAGCGCCCAGCCCGGGCCGCACCCGCCGGCCUCAUGAGGAGGGACGUGAACGGAGUGACCAAGAGCAGGUUUGAGAUGUUCUCAAAUAGUGAUGAGGCUGUAAUCAAUAAAAAACUUCCCAAAGAACUACUAUUACGGAUAUUUUCUUUCCUGGAUGUUGUUACCUUGUGUCGCUGUGCUCAAGUCUCCAGGGCCUGGAAUGUUCUGGCGCUGGAUGGAAGCAACUGGCAACGCAUUGACCUGUUUGAUUUCCAGAGGGAUAUUGAGGGCCGUGUAGUGGAGAAUAUUUCAAAACGAUGUGGGGGCUUUUUAAGAAAGUUAAGUCUUCGUGGGUGUCUUGGAGUAGGAGACAAUGCAUUAAGGACCUUUGCACAAAACUGUAGAAACAUUGAAGUACUAAAUCUAAAUGGAUGUACAAAGACCACAGAUGCGACAUGUACUAGCCUUAGCAAGUUCUGUUCAAAACUCAGGCACCUAGACUUGGCUUCCUGUACAUCCAUCACAAACAUGUCUCUGAAAGCACUAAGCGAGGGGUGUCCGCUGUUGGAGCAGUUGAACAUUUCCUGGUGUGACCAAGUAACCAAGGAUGGCAUUCAAGCACUAGUGAGAGGCUGCGGGGGUCUCAAGGCCUUGUUCCUGAAAGGCUGCACACAGCUAGAAGAUGAAGCGUUGAAGUACAUAGGUGCACACUGUCCUGAGUUGGUGACUUUGAACUUACAGACUUGCCUGCAAAUCACAGAUGAAGGUCUCAUCACAAUAUGCAGAGGGUGCCACAAGCUGCAGUCCCUCUGUGCCUCAGGCUGCUCCAACAUCACGGAUGCCAUCCUGAAUGCUCUAGGUCAGAACUGCCCGCGGCUUAGAAUAUUAGAAGUGGCAAGAUGUUCUCAAUUAACAGAUGUGGGAUUUACCACUCUGGCCAGGAAUUGUCAUGAGCUUGAAAAGAUGGACUUGGAAGAAUGUGUUCAGAUAACAGAUAGCACAUUAAUUCAACUUUCCAUACACUGUCCUCGACUUCAAGUAUUGAGUCUGUCUCACUGUGAGCUGAUCACAGAUGACGGGAUCCGUCACCUGGGGAACGGAGCCUGCGCCCAUGACCAGCUGGAGGUAAUCGAGCUGGACAACUGCCCCCUGAUUACAGACGCGUCCCUGGAGCACUUGAAGAGCUGUCACAGCCUCGAGCGGAUAGAACUCUAUGACUGCCAGCAGAUUACCCGAGCUGGGAUCAAGAGACUGAGGACCCAUUUACCCAAUAUCAAAGUCCACGCCUACUUCGCACCAGUCACCCCACCCCCAUCAGUAGGGGGCAGCAGACAGCGCUUCUGCAGAUGCUGCAUCAUCCUAUGACGAUGGAGGUGUUCAACCUUGCUGAACUGAGUAUUUAAUGACACUUCCAGAGUACCGUGAAGUCUCUCCAGUGGAAGCAGCCCCGUGUGGGGGCAAGGAUUUCACAAUGAGGGAGGGCAAUGUCCAGAUCCCCAGAGCCACACAGACAUAUGCCUACAAACCCUCAUCCAUCCACUCAAGCUCUGUAACAGUGGGACUGCUGUUCUUGUUGGCUUUAUCAAGUGGCUUGGUAAACCUGAACCAUUCCGGUUGGACGUGCCCAGAAGAAAACCACAGUCCAAGGUAGAUGGAGGGAGCAUUCCAGCAAACCCAGUGUUCCUGCUACUGGGGUUUCUUUUUUUGCUAAGGGAUCUCUUUGGGGAUUUUUGGAAUGGCUGUCCUCCAGGGUCAAAAAAGCAUGGAAAACAGUAUAUGAUGUAUGCAGGGACCAGCAAGAAAAUUUCUUUGCAUCUUAGAAAUGGUGGCCAUCCGUUGUGAGAUGACCACAGGGCUUCUGUGCUUCCUUGUUUCCAUGCCAACAUGCUGAGCAUGCUCACAGAGAAGGCUUGUCCAUUCCUCCUGUGUUGUAGUAUUUGGCCCUGAGGUUUCCUGAUAGUUUCAUUGGAAUCAUUGUGGUUUAACAGUGAUUCCUUAUUCAUUCAGCUGUCACUAUCUGUAGCACACUUGAGCAUCUGUCUUCCAUCCUCUGUUGCUCCCUCCCACACUCUGGCUUAGUCUUGUCACCUGUUCAUAGUCUCCUAACUCACACUCAGUUGUUACUCUUUUGCUGUUGUGUUUACAGUUUGCAUUUUGGAUGAUUAGUUGGGGUUACCAAACAUUUUUAAAAACACAUUAUCAAUAAAUAUUUUUUUAAUUCUAAA